GACCAUAAAAUCCAAGAAGAAGAAGAAGAAGAAGAAGAACGUGGCAGGCACGCUGGGUGUUUGAGGCAGCCCUGUGUGCACGUCAUCAGUCAGCUUAGAGCCGCGGAUGUGGCGUGUGCAGCGAUUUUACUGUUAAAGAUGGAAAAACAUUUGUACAUUAUUGUUCUCUGUGCAUUGUUGCCUUUGCACAUAAUGUUAGUUCAAGGAGCCAGACAAGACAUCAAAUGUGGAGCAUGCAGGGCAUUAGUUGAUGAAAUGGAAUGGGCCAUAUCACAAAUAGAUUCCAAGAAAAUUAUCCAGACUGGAUCAUUUAGGAUCAAUCCUGAUGGCAGUCAGUCAGUAAGAGAGGUUCCUUUUGCUCGUUCUGAGGGUCAUUUGCUCGAGUUGAUGGAAGAGGUUUGUGAGAAGAUGAAGGAUUAUGGUGAACGCGUUGACCCCACAACCAAUCGCAAGACAUACAUGAGACAUACGUCCCGUGAUGGCACUGCCAUGGAUCUUUCUGAUGUGGCCUUUGACUCUAGAGUCAACUCCAGUUUAAAGUUUGCUUGUGAAACAAUUGUUGAGCAGCAUGAGGAUGAAAUUAUUGAAUUCUUUGCUCAUGAGACAGACAACGUUAAAGACAAGCUCUGCAGUAAGAGGACAGAUCUUUGUGAUCAUGCCCUGAAGAUACCUCAUGAUGAAUUAUAACUGAAUGAGCUGAACACAUCAUGACAACUUUACCAUCUGAGAACUUUAAACUGUUACAUUUCAGUAAACAGAUUCUUAUCACAUUUUGCAGCAUUGAGUGACGGAGCUACUGAUUCGAUGUUUGGAAAAAUGAUGUUCUUGACCCCAUGGGUUAACGGCUUACCUUUUCAACUACAUUAAUGGUGUAACGAUACAAAAUGUUUGUUGUUAAGAAAACAUGACUCUAUAGCUAAUAGGAGAUUGCUUUAUAGGUCUCUUCAAUUACAUAAUUUUAUAUUCAAAGUUAUUUUUGUGCUCUUAUUUGUUGCUAUUGCUAUUCGUUUAGCAAACUCAUUCUAACCAUUCAUUUACUGCAAAUACAGUCCCUCUGGAGUGCCUGGCUCCAGAGGUGGUUAGGGUUCACAAUAUUUCGGGUCAUUGAUUUGUAGUCUAGAUCUAGAAGAUCACUGGCACCCCCAUAGGGUGGUAAAGGUGUAUUUAAAGCUUUAAGAAUCAAAAACUUGGGUAUGAACAGUGAUCGCCCUUUUCAGGUGACUUGUUAAUAAAGAUUAUGUGUUUUCUAUUUUUCCUCCCACAUAUUAUUGCCUUAUUCUCUUUAUUCAUAAGCAGUUUAGUUUGUUGACCAUGUUUCUUCUUUUGAUUUUUAAUUCUUUGAAGUUUAAAUGUUUCUUAACCAUGGAUGUUGACAUUCUUUUUGAAAUGUUAUGUUCUGUGACCUUUUAAAAUGUAUUUAUAUCCAUGUGUGGCUCUGCUGAGAAAAAUCACAUAUACAGUGCCAACAAGAAUAUUUGUUUCUUGGAACUUUUAUUGUAUUAUUUGUGUUUUACUGUGUGAUAGUGUAGAUCAGGGGUGACCAACCCUGCUCCUGGAGAGCUACCUUCCUGCAGAGUUUAGAUUCAACCCUUAUCAAACACACCUGAACCAGCUUAUCAAGGUCUUUAGGAUUACUUGAAUAUGACAGGCAGGUGUGUUGGUUGGAGCUAAACUCUGCAGGAAGGUAGCUCUCCAUGAGCAGGGUUGGUCACCCCUAGUGUUGAUGAUAUCAUAUGUCAUUAUGAUAAUGUUUGCCACUAACCAGUACAAAGCUCGAUAUUUUUCAGAAAUGUUGACUGUGUGCAGUUUAAGGUGUUACACAUGAAUUAGUAAAUAUAUCUAGAAGUACUUCUCUUCCAAGUAGAUCUGGGCCUGUGUGUAAAAAGCCGCUCAAGAGUAAAAUUUUAGACUUGGGUGUGCCAAAUUCUAAGAAUUACGUAAUUUUGCUGUUAUUCAUAGAUUUAACAAGUGUCGAACAUAAAGUUUAUAAGUGUUAAGAUUUGAUCAAGUUUAACCAAGUUAUUUAUAGUUUUGCGUUGAUGUGUAUGCAUCGUUCCGUGAGUAUGUGGCCAAAUGCUAACCAUGUUUCAUAAAUAAACAAAAGCAACGUAUUUAGAUUCAAAAGUAUUUAUUAAUUUAUUAUGCCAUCCAAAAUGAGUUCAAAGUAUGUGAACGUGUUGAAAUGUAGGUACAUAUUUAUUAUACAUGUUACCUGUGUUGCAGGCAGAAAAUAAAUAGGGAAAUUACUGUAUGCUUGUUUUUGAGUUGCUUAACUAGUCGCAUGAAUAACACAACAUGGGUGUAAUUUUAAAGAUUUUACAAUGCACAUAAACA